GAGAUGUCAAUUUUGUUAAAAAAAAAAAAAGAUUGGUAUCCGGCUUGUAUCUAAAAAGCUCACUGAUUGGACUAAAAAGUGGAAAAGAGAGAGAAAUCAUUAGUGCUCCAUUAAAAGUUGAUGGUUAGUUGUGGUUGAGAGAGAUUGAAACUACCUUUGUUUUCUACCAGAAAGAGUAUACAUGGUCUAAUCUGCAAAACUGACUAAUGACAUACUACAGCUAAGUAAAGGAUAAGGCUGCCAAGAAAGAGAGCAGAUUCUCUCGAUAGCCACGAAGCAUGGGGGUGCUCAGACAAGCUGGACCUUUUGACCUUAGAACUGUGUUCCUUCUGUGCUGAAGCAGAGAGUUCUUCAUGGAUUUCUAUUGGCUGGAAAAAUUCAUUACUUGGUCUGAACCCAGUUAGAUUGAUCCUUGGAUAAGCAACAUGUAUAAUAUGAUCUGGAAAAUAUUUUUUUCGCUGAUGCUGUGCAUUCUUCCAGGUGCUAAUGCCACAAACUCAGAGAUUGGGGCUUUUUUCAAUGAGACUGCAGACCUGCCCUGUGGUUUCAAGAAUACUCAAAACAUCAGCCUGGAAGAACUAGUGAUAUUUUGGCAAGGUGCCAAAGAUGAUGUUCUGUAUGAGCUAUAUCGUGGAAGAGAGAAGCAAAUCCAUGUUCAUCCCAACUACAUUGACCGCACGAAGUAUAACCAAACUGCUUGGAUUUUAUAUCUCCUGAAUGUUCAGAUUGCGGACCAGGGGGAAUAUACAUGUUUUGUCCAGUACCUUGGCCCCAAAGGAUUAGUUAUCAUCCAUCAAUUGUCUUUUCAGCUGUCUGUCCUUGCCCCUUUCAGUAAGCCUGAAAUAACCCGACUCGACAACAAGACUGCACAAAUUGGAGAUCUACUGAAUUUUUCCUGCUCUUCUAAACAAGGCUAUCCAAAGCCUCGGGAGAUUUACUGGAUAGUAGAGGCUGAAAACUCAACCAGGUAUUCUGGUGAUAUACAUCUGUCCCAAGAUGAUACCAACCAGCUCUACAAUGUUACCACUGCCUUAUCUCUGCCCAUUACUGAUUCUACCAUCUGGAUUAACAUCACCUGUUUGCUACAAACCCAGGGGCCAGUGGAACUCCUUACCUCCGAGACUCUGAACAUAAAGAGGAAACCCUAUGAAGAACCAGACAGCAACUUCAUGAUUCCUGGGCUGAUAAUAUCAGUUGCCACAGCAGUUGUGGUUCUGAUGAUCAUUCUCGGAGCGCCAAACUGGAAAAAAUGUCCUCACUUCUGUGGUAAAAGAGAAGCUACCGGGGUGAAUGCAGAAGAUACUGAUCAUCCCAAAGAAAAAGAUGAAGCUUUAGAACCAGUGAACCAUCAAAUGUGCGAAAAGAGAGAAGACAGAUGAUGCGGUGUGUCCACAGCCAUUGGAAGAGAUUUUAAGAAGUUAAAAGAAUUGUUCAGGGCAGUAGAGUUGGAGAGACUUGCCCUAUAAAGAAAACUUGUCUGGGA